CUGACGAGCUGGGGGUACCGAUAAAUCCGGAAGACGAAUGACACAAACAUUUUCUCUUUUACGUGUCAUUAUCGCAGCAGUUUAACUUUCCCUCCGUAUAUUAGCCCUUCAUUCCAGGAUUACAGUAAUCUGAAGCGUCCUGAUGAGGAAACAGCGUAAGAAAGUGUAAAAGUCGGCGCUCGGUUCGUUUCCGCCGAGACGAGACGAGGUGGCAGUCAUCGCAGAGCAGACAGGUCUACAAGACAGUGAAUCAUGAGAUUAACAGGUCCUCUUCGGGCUGCGGCUGUGCUGCUGCUGGUUGGGCUCACCUGGCUGUUAGCAAACACCUUUUUCAGAGGGGACAGCGGAUCUUCAGUCCGCCAUUUCUUCAUUGGUGCAGGUGAAGAGCCGACACCCUCUGAGCCCCGCCCCCGGAAGUACAAAUGCGGCCUUUCAGCCCCCUGUCCUCCGAAGCAUCUGGCUUUCCGCCUGGUGUCCGGCGCUGCCAACGUCAUCGGUCCCAAAAUUUGUUUGGAGGACAAGAUGUUGGUGAGCAGUGUGAAGAACAAUGUUGGCCGGGGACUGAACAUAGCUCUGGUGAAUGGGGUGACAGGCGAACUGCUGGAGACAAAAACUUUUGAUAUGUGGGCUGGAGAUGUCUCGGACCUGUUGAAGUUUCUUCGACCGAUUCACGAGGGAACCCUGGUGUUCGUGGCUUCUUUUGAUGAUGCUGCGACAAAAAUGAAUGAUGAGUCUCGUCGGCUGUUUGAUGAGCUGGGGAGCACGGCGGUGAAGGAACUGGCCUUUAGAGACAGCUGGGUGUUCGUCGGAGCCAAAGGCAUCGAGAACAAGAGUCCUUUUGAGCAGCGCAUGAAGAACAGCAAGAGCAGCAACAAGUACGAAGGCUGGCCCGAGUCCCUGGAGAUGGACGGCUGCAUCCCCCUGCGGCCGCCGCUGGAAAGUUAACCCUGCAUGGUACUUCCUCACCACGCAACACCUGGCGACGCAGCGGCGAAACAGACUGACUGUUCCAAAAGCCAAGGACCUGCUGAAAGGAUAGAAAACAUUCUCCCUCUGGGUGCAGAAAAUCGACAUAUUCUCCCUCUGUUGACAGGGACAUGCAAAGACUGUUUUGACUUGAGGUGAAAUAAUGCUGGAGCCUGUAGAGAAGCUAUGAAUACCGAUUUGUGAGCUUUGUUUUUUUUUUUUUUCUUUUUUUUAAAGAGAAAGCGGAUGAGGGCAAUCUGGAAAGUGAAAUAGAUUGAUGACCAAAGUGUAACAGUGACCAGUGAGCAAACACAGAUGGAGUAGGUCUUCCAAAGAUACCGAAGGAAAUGAAGAUGUUUCUCCUCUGCAGGAUGGGGACUCUCCAAACUUCUGGUUUCACAUUACAGCAUUAGGAAACCAAGUCCACGUUUGUAUGAGAGGCAGUGUAGAGCUACUUCUCUACUUUAAACUCACGGUCUGUGGAAAGAUUUUAUAUUUGACUGUGGGUUUUUUUUUCUUUUUCAUUUAGUAAAUCAUAUUUCCGUGAUGUUGUUAUGCCUGAUAUGUGUCCGUUGUUUCCUUAGAACUUGAUUCACAGCAGUUGUUGCUUGCCAUGUGUUUACAGAUUUGUUGAGACAAACUCAGUCAAGGUCAUGUCACUUUUGUUUUUCGUUCAUUCAUUCAGUUUGUUUUCACUAUUUAUUUUGAUAUUCUGACAGGAAACAGCGUCUUCAUCAUAAUAUGACCAUCUGUUUAAACGAUAUCUCCGGCGUCUUAUUUUAAAUGAUUUUGUUUGUAGAUGACAUGUGUGCUUGCUUGUGUGUGUUUGUUAUUUUUCUGAUUGUUGAAUGUAUUCUUUUUGGCCUCUGUAAGUCAAACCUGUAGGAAAUGUCAAGAGGAAUGUUGUUACUGUUAUUAUUAUUCCAUUUGUAUGGUUUGAAUUACAUAUGAGAUGCCUUUGUCUGGACUAGAAUGUUACCCAAGUUUAUGGUUUUUUUUUUUUUUUGGUUUUUUUUUUUAAGAUUACCGU